AUGAGUGAUAAAAUAUUAUUUCUAUCAUCAACUAUGUCGAAUAAACAUGAACGAAUACGAGAAAUAAAAUAUCAUAUUAAUCAAUUAGUAUCAGAAUUACGUAUGAUUGAACCAAAUAAUAAUUAUUUAGAAAAUUUUCAACCAUUUAAUAUAACAUUAAAUUCAUCAUCAACAAUAAUAACAAAUGAAAAAUGUUUAUUAAAUAAUCAAUCUCCAUAUUUAUUUCGUAAACAAACUACUUUACAUUCAACAACAUAUCAUGAAUAUAGAAAAAUUCAUAAAAGAAAAAAAAAAUUAAUAUUAUCACCAAAAAAAAAUCUUUUUGUGACAUCAUCAUGUGUAACAAGUACACCAAAAAAUUCUCCUAAUCAAAAUAUACUACUUCAACCUAAUCUGACAUCAACACCACGUCGUAAUAAACGUCAAUUAAAAAAUACUAUACCACUUAAACGUCUUCUUUAUAAUAAUAAAAAUAAUAAUAAUAAUAAUAAAUUUUCUCAUCGACAACAACAUUUAACAAAACGAUCUAUUCUUCCACACUUUAAUCCUUUAAAUCCGAUUGAUGAAAAUCCACAAUGGAUUUAA